AUUUGUGAAAAUGGGAGGGAAAGGCACCUCCAUGCCGUAUGUGCAUAUAAAAAGAGACAACGUGUGAGGGAGGGAGAAGGAGGUGUCUGUACUGUGUGUGCAUGCUGAAGAUCAAAAGGAUAAGUGAUUUCGGAGGCUAUCAGAGACCGAGUGCAGAAGAGGACGGGAAGAUGUUGGGGUGUCAGGGUGGUGGUUUGAGGGUUCGCUUCUGGAUCACUUUGAUCACAGGGUUGGUGGAGUGUUUGGGGUUUGCAGGGGUCGUGUUCGGCUGGGCAUCUCUGGUCUUCGUGCUCAAAAGUCAGGGAUACUUCGGCAAUCUGUGCGUGAAUUCCUCCAGUAAUGAAACCAUGGUCCAAGACUGCAGUGGCCAGGAUGAGCAGUUCUCCCUCAUCUUCACCAUCGCGUCUUUCUUAUAUAGCUUUCUUACACUGCCAAUUGGCUUCCUGUUUGAUCACUUUGGUACCAUGGUCUCCAGGCUACUGGGAAUAUCAUUCUACACUUUAGGAAUGCUGUUAAUAGCCUUUUCUAAUCCAGCCACCUCCAUCCUUCUGUUUCCUGCUCUCUCCUGCAUCGCUGUGGGAGGAGUUGAAUUCCUAAUAACCAAUAUGCAGGUGGGAAAUCUUUUUGGCACACAUCGCUCCACUAUAAUCACUCUCUAUAAUGGAGCCUUUGACUCGUCUUCUGCAGUUUUCCUCAUCAUCAAACUGGCAUUUGAAGGUGGAGUCGCUUUGCGCUGGUCUUUUCUCUUUAUGUCCUGCUGCGCCGCCAUUCAUCUCUUCCGUACAUUUGUGUUGUUACCUCGUAAACAUAUUCCUUAUCCUCUCCCCGAAAACUACAGCUAUGGAAGGAUUAAAUGUGGAAAAACCUCCAAGGCUAAAGUGGAAAUGCCAACUGAAAAGAAUUCACCUCAAGUCCAAAACACAGCAGACCAAACGGAUCGAAGUUUCAAGAGCUGUUUCCUGUCCUGGUUGUUCAUGUGUCAUCUGCUGUGGCUUUCUGUGAUGCAGCUGAGACAUUAUCUGUUCAUCGGGACAUUAAACCCUAUGCUGAAUCAUCUUUCUGCUGGAGAUCAAGGCCUUGUGAGCAAAUAUACAAACGCAUUUGCGUUCACUCAGCUUUGCGGGAUCCUUUGUGCUCCGUGGAAUGGCCUCAUCAUGGACCGCCGAAAGGGAAAGGAGCUUAAACCAGGUGAGAGUGAGCAGGAGGCUGACCUGAGGUCAGCUAUAUUGUCUCUAGCACUGACAGCGCUGCAGGGUGUCCUGUUUUCUGUGUGUGCGGCUACACCCAUCUUACCCCUUCAGUACCUCACAUUCGUCCUUCAGGUGCUCAACAGAUCCUUCCUGUACGGAGGAAACGCUGCUUUCGUUAGUGUGGCGUUUCCUCCUGUACACUUUGGAAAGCUGUUCGGGAUGAUGAUGGCUCUCUCAGCUGUAUUCUCUUUGCUUCAGUAUCCCUGCUUUGCCCUCGUUAAAGGACCAUUGGGAGGAGACCCUCUUUACGUGAACAUCGCUCUGGCCAUUCUGAGUCUGCUGGCCUUCAUCAAUCCUCUCUACGUUUAUUUUCACUGUCGACGACGGGCAGCCCUGCGAUCCAAUGGCAACAUGUACACAUCUUCAUAAGAUCAUGUGGUGAAGGGAAUAUCACCCUGACCUAAAAAAACUCUUUCGGUUGCUAUUUAUUUUUAUCACUAACAGAAAAGCUUUCUCAUUGUGCAAGAAGAUAUUUUACUAAGCUUUCAUAGCUGUGUUGUGCAGUGAUCGACCCUUGACCCUGUAAAGGUAUGAAGUGCUUUGAGAGGAUUUUAGCAGGAAAUUGACAGCUCUCUUUACCCUUCACUAAUGUUUUCACACACACUACUGCCUGAAAUCUGAAACCUGACAGUGCACUUAACCAAAAAUAAUGUUUUGUAUAUGGCAAGGCAAUUUUAAAAUAUAUUUGACAUAGCAAAAAGACCAAAGCCUGUUUAUCAUAUGUGACGGUGCCUGUGAAACCCCAUCUUAUUUUCUUGCGAUUUACUGUUUUCUAUAAAAUCUUCCUACAUAAUGUAAAGACCAUGUGAAAAUAAGGUCUUAAUAUGUAAUAUCAGCUCUUCAUGUGCAAAGUACAAAAUUUUUCGGACAGUGAUUAUUAUUGACGGAGUAAGGUCAUGUCAAAGAUUGACAUCAUGCGAAAUCAAAUUUUGAUGCUCUUAAUCUCAAAGUUAAAUUAUGAGACUUUAUCCUGGAUUUUACAGACAGGGUCAGAUAUGCAAAUUACCUAUAGCCUAAUAAAAUGAUUAAGGAUAAACAAAAUGUCCAAAGAGGUUACUAUAAAGUGAUUUGAUAAGAUGGCAGGGACUAAACCAUAACAAAUAUUUAUGCUAAUGUAACCUAUGGUAUGUAAUCUAAACAGGUUCUUUUCAUUUUUUUAUAAUUUGUGCAUCUUAAACUAACACUGAGCAGGUUAACCUAACCCUAACCUAACCCUGAAUGUGUAUAAAGGUCAGUGGUUCUGAACUGGUGCUUUGACUAAAUGCAUCUAAUUAUAAUCUCAUAGUACAGCAACAUAAUAUGCAAAUGAACAUUUUAAAGGGAGUAGAAAAUACUUUCCAUAUCUUAUGUGGUUGCCAUCAAAGGUUGUGCGUCAUAUCAAACUCUUCUAUAUAUUUUGGCAUAGAUUCACCAAUGAGGACAAGUAAGACAGGUUGUGUGAGAUCCCAUAAGAAUAAAAAGAUUGAAUCAAGAUUAAAUGAAGUUUUCGCUUAAGUCAUCUGUUUCUCCUUGGAAAAAGACCCAGUAAUCUCACAUAUGUUGCCCACUUGUUUCAGAAGAGAUGUCACAACCUGAGUUCAGACUUGUCAAGACAGUGGUAUUAAAAAAUUCAUUAUGGAUUAAUCAAAACCAGAUUAUCUCUUAAGAAAGGUCAAGUAUUGUCUCAUCUAUUGAAACAAAGUUGACAUUUGAAACACAUAGAUAAGAAAGGCAUUACUCUCCUGAGCUGUGAAAGCAAUUGGGAAGCCCUCACCUUUAUUAAAAAAAAAAAAAAAACUUGCAUUAUAAAGUAUAUGGGUUUGCAGAAUGAAACCUCUCUGAUGUUAGUCAACUUUCCAAAUGAAUCGGUUUGAUUUGAAUGAGAUUAGUUUGUAUCAAAAACAGUGUUGAUGCUGUUUAUUGUUUAAUGAGGGUUCUAAAUGAAAACUAGUUAAAUUAAGAGUUCUCUGUACAUUGUUCUCAGUGAUCCUCAUUUGUAGCUGUAGUUGAGGGAGCCCUCUGUAGGACAUAACAGGAAUUACAUCAUAACUUGUGAAAUUCAUAUUCAGCUGCAGACCUUCUUUUAUAAAUGUAUCUGUAUUAAUUCAAAUAAAGGGAAUUUUCUAUGAAA